AUGUGUCUCCAAAAUAGCAAAUCCACUUCCCUCAGUCUACCAGCCGAGAUCCGCUUCAUGAUCUACCGAGAGAUCUGGACUCUCGAGGUUGACCUCGACAGUGACACCGACAGCGACUCUGACGGCAAUUCGGACUCGCACCUUGGCAGCGACGAUGAUGACUCAGAGGCUCUCCAUCAAGCUCAUCAGCAGCUCGAGAUGAUCACCGCCGUCCAAAACCUAGCCAUCACCUGCCAACAGAUCCGGGAGGAGCUCACCACCGAGUACUUCACUCGCGUUCUGCCCAAGACCCAAGUCCACCUGGGCAGUGUCUAUCCUCCCCGGCACUCUCUCUUCCGUGGUCGCGGCCCCGCUUGUCCUCCCCCUGAGUUCUCGGCUCUAGCGCAUACCAACCACAAAUCUUUCGAGGUUCUCCAGUCCUCGUCGCUUUUCAUCGAGCAUACUCAGCACGUCAGCAUCCACUGGGGUCGCUGUUUGUGCACUGAGGGUUCUCUCUAUCAAUGCCCAAUUCGGCCUUGCGGUCUGGAAUGGCUGGGAGAGUUGGAAGAUCUCAGGACAGUGGAGGUCGUUCUUACUGAUGAACUGUCAUCUUGCAAGAACUGUCUGAAAAAGCUCCUGAUGUUACCAAGGACGCUGGAGAAGAUCUUGUUCCGGGUGUUUGUUGAUGACGUUGUCGCUGAAGCGUAUGAGGCGCGGCUGACGGAGUGGUUUUGGGGGCAGAGGCCUGAGUUUUUGGCGUACAUGGCGGCGAUGGAGGAUGAGGAGGAGGUCAUUCCUGAGAGGAAGGAGGAAUCGGGUUCAUACAAGAUCGAGCACCACAUUGGUGCUGUUGUAGUCGAGUGGCCUUUGUUGGACACAGUUUGA